UUUCUUCAGAGGGAGCACCCGGCAAACCCCGUCCAGGCUGUUCCGCGGGAUGGCGGCGGAAGGCCGCCCCUUGGGGCUGGGCGCUUUGCCGUAGCCGUGCCGGUCUCGGGCCACUGCGGUGGGGCGCGGAGCCGGGCACGGCCCAACCCCGGCUUCGCCUCAGCCGCCUCCUCCGCCGUAGCUCGGGCUUUUUCCCGCCUCCCCGCUUCGUCCCCGGACAUCGCAGCAGACAUGGGCUGUUUCUGCGCGGUCCCGGAGGAUUUUUACUGCGAAGUUUUGCUCUUGGAUGAGUCCAAGCUGACCCUGACCACCCAGCAGCAGGGCAUCAAGAAAUCAACGAAAGGGUUGGUUGUUCUGGGCUACGUAUUUCGUCACUUAAACCUAGUGGAGAUAGAUUACUUUGGACUGCGCUACUGUGACCGAAGUCAUCAAACGUAUUGGCUAGAUCCUGCAAAGACCCUUGCUGAACAUAAAGAGUUGAUAAACAAUGGACCACCAUACACCCUGUAUUUUGGCAUUAAAUUCUAUGCAGAGGAUCCAUGUAAACUUAAAGAAGAAGUCACAAGGUAUCAGUUUUUCUUGCAAGUCAAGCAGGAUGUUUUACAGGGCCGUUUACCUUGUCCAAGCAACACUGCAGCACAGCUGGGAGCAUAUAUAAUUCAGUCUGAGCUGGGGGACUAUGACCCAUAUAAGCACACUGCAGGUUACGUCUCGGAGUACCGAUUUGUUCCAGACCAGAAGGAAGAGCUGGAGGAAGCCGUAGAGCGGAUACACAAAACUCUGAUGGGUCAAGUUCCUGCUGAGGCAGAAUUGAACUUCUUAGGGGUGGCCAAGUGCCUGGAAAUGUAUGGAGUGGAUCUCCAUCCUGUUUAUGGUGAAAACAAAUCUGAAUAUUUUUUAGGAUUAACACCCAUAGGUGUUGUUGUCUACAAGAAUAAAAAACAAGUAGGAAAAUAUUUCUGGCCUAGAAUUACAAAAGUUCACUUCAAGGAAACACAGUUUGAGCUUAGAGUCCUUGGAAAAGAUUGCAAUGAAACUUCCUUCUUUUUUGAAACAUGUAACAAGAUCACAUGCAAACAUCUCUGGAAAUGCUGUGUGGAGCAUCAUACGUUCUUCAGAGUGCCAGAGAAUGAAUCAAACUCUCUGUCAAGAAAAUUCAGCAAGUUUGGAUCCAUAGGUUAUAAACAUCGGUACAGUGGCAGAACAUUUUUCCAAAUGGCCAGAGACCCUUCUGUGCAGCUCCCACGGCCUGACCAAUGCAUUGAAAGAAGUCGCAGCAAGACUUACCCCAAAAGAACACAAGAGACAGGAUCUAAGAACAUGAGCCAGAUUACCACAAAUGAUGAGGAUGAAGGAACUACCAAAAUUAUUGCACCUUCCCCAGUGAAAAGCUUUAAAAAGAUGAAAAAAGAAAACAGCCCAGAAACACAAAGAAGUAAAACAGGUGCACCGUGGGAGGAAAGUGGCCCAAAGAGUGGGCUGUAUAAUUCACCUAGUGACUACAAUAAAUCACCAAAGUUUCCUUACUCUCGGUGGCGGAACCCAUCAGGUGGCAGUGAGAGUGAGUCUGAGCAGCCGGUGCGGAGGAGGAGAAAUCAAAACAGUGGCGAAGAUUCAUAUUUAAAGCAAAGGAGAAGAUCACGAUCUCGCUGUAACACCAGCAGUGGCAGUGAAUCAGAAAAUUCCAACAGAGAGCAUCGGAAGAAAAGGAACAGAUUACGGCAAGAGAAUGACAUGGUUGACUCAGCUCCGCAGUGGGAAGCUGUGUUACAGCAACAAAAGGAGAAAAACCAGGCAGACCCAACCUACCGGCGAUCCAGACACAGAUCUCGUUCGAGAAGCCCAGAUGUACAAGCUAAAGAAGAACUGUGGAAACAUAUUCAGAAGGAGCUUGUGGAUCCAUCUGGCCUGUCUGAAGAGCAACUGAAAGAAAUUCCAUACACUAAAAUAGAGACUCAAGGUGACCCAAUCCGCAUUAGGCAUUCACAUUCCCCUCGAAGCUACCGCCAGUAUCGGCGGUCCCAGUGCUCUGAUGGUGAAAGAUCUGUCCUGUCUGAAGUGAAUGUGAAAACUGAUCUGGUGCCUCCACUGCCUAUUACACGAUCUUCAGAUGCGAGAGGUCCCAGCAUCCAGUUGACUCAACAGAGACAGAACGGGUCUAAAGACAGCUUAAUAGGAGAAAUAUCUCUGCUAUCGACUAACAACACUGAUGGAAAACCCACCACUAAGAUCGUAAAAACUGUACAGGUGUCACGCUUUAAGGUGGAGACUUGACUGCCAUAACUGAAGAUGGUGAAUAGAUUUUCUUCUUUGGAAAUUGAGAAUUUUUGUGUGUUUGCGAAGAAAGAAACUGAAGUCUACAUGGUGGCUAUUUUUUUUAGGACACUCAGAAGGGCCUGCUUGCUGGGAAGGCCAAGCAAUGCUUUUAUUACUGACAUCAUUCUAGUGGUGUGACUGAUUGAGGAGAAGCUGCCUAAUUAGACAGCCAAAAAGAAAAGUCAUAGUAAAAUUGAAUCAUCAGCAGUUACAUUUCCAAAAAAUGAACAAAAAAGAAUUUUCUGCAACAAAACAAGCUGGAUGGUCUGCUCUGUAACUGAAUUGCCUUUUUCCAAAAAAUGACUGUUAACUGACAUGAUCAGACCAGAUGCUUCAAGAGACGUGAAAUAGUCAUGGGUUUGGACAAGUGUGCAAUACAGUGUGAUAUGGGGAGAAUUAUCUUGACAAUUUUAUAUUAUGGGGAUCAACCUGUGUCCGGAGACACAAGGACUGAUGGCUAUUACAAGGUUUAUUUUAGCCUAGCACAACAACAGAUGCUCAUGUUGUUAAUACAAAUGUUGACUCGACCAGUUUUACCUCAGAAAUAAUAGACUUGGUAACACCCUGUAGCAGAGAGUUCCAGAGGUGAUAUAGACUUACUUUCCCUUGACAGUUUUAAGUGUUCUCAAUUUUGAAUGCCCUGUUAGAGGCAAUAGAUGGGCUAUUUAAUUGAACAUUCCAUACCAUAGAAAUACAUCUGUCACCUUGUAGUAAACCACACUGGAAGAAAAAUGGAAAAUAUGUACUGACCCACUGUAUUAAGACUGCUUAGCAAGGCACUUAAGUACUGUUUAAAUGAAACUUGUGGAGUAGGAUGUAAGACAGCUAGCAAAUAGCCUUUUUUUUUUUUUUUUUUAAUCUAGAUUAGCAAAGGCUACCUUAAUCUCUUUUUAUAUGAAAUAAUCAGUGGUAGUACCUUCUGAUACUUUGAGCCAUUUCUACUAUGACAAAAUGACAAAGGCAGUAUUUCAGGUGUAAUUGCAAUUUUUCCUCUAUUGACACGGUAGGAAUAGUAAGUUUAAAUGAUGCUGCACACUGAGAGAGUUAUCUUCUAGAACAUAUCUGAAGUGAUGCCUGGCUCUUCUCUUGCCUUCUCACUUUGUCCAAAUAGAUGAAAGUAAUUCCUCUGCCUCCCAUUUGACCACAGUCAGCACAUGGAUGAGACUAUUGCUGUUGCUAACUUAAUAAGAAGCUCAGCAAAAUCUUUGUAUUAUGAAAGUAACUUUUCCUAACUGUAAUCUCCAAACUAAAUAUUGACUUUGUCAAACAGCAUUGGAAAUGGCUGUAGUAGCUGAUAUGCCUUUAUACCUUGGUCCUCCUUAAACUCAACCCCCACCACCUUCGGUGAUUUGCAGUGAUCCUGUGACUUCUUCCCCUAGCAACACUAUACCAGGGGACUACAGCCCUGUCAGAAAAGCAAUUGAUUGAGAACUGGGAUGAACAAAAGGCAUCAAAGUUAUGCUUUACAAGACGUGUGGGAUUACUAAUACUCAUUUUAACUUAGCAAAACUGAGAAGAGUUUUAUUUUUCACUUAAAUUUUUGAUUCUUUGUUUCAUGUUCUGAGAUGGUCAGGUGGAUGCUACUAGCCAGGGUAGCCAUACAGUUUGCGUAUUCCUGUCAUAGUAUGGAUUGGUCUGCACAUUGGGAGAUGCUGCAUCAUGCCAGGGAAGGCAGAUUCACUUAAUAAAUAUUUUUCUUUGAUCACUU